AUGUAUGCUUCUGUCACUGUUCUCUCCACUGUCGCGCUUGCGUUAGUAGCACACCGCAUUUCUGACUUUUUGAGCGCAAACAGGACCCCGGAAUCGCCUCCCCAGAAGCUGGACCUUGUCCUAGAUCGACUUGCCUCCCUAGAAAAACAAAUCGAGGAGCUUCGAUCCAUUGGCGGCAACGCAGGGCUUUCCAUCGGAGUAGCCCACGCUGGCACCAGCAUCUUCGAGAAACACUUUGGUUUCCGAAAUGUCAGCUCCGCCACGCCCCCAGAUAGCCAGACCGUCCAACAUAUUGGUUCUAUGACCAAGGCCUUUGUCGCCGCUGCGGUCGCGUCUUUGGUAGAUGAAGGCAAGCUGUCCUGGGAAACACCCCUCGGCCAGAGCGGUGUCGUCCCGCUCUUCUCCGAGUCCAACACGGAGCCUGAGAACAAGUCUCUGCCGCAGGUGACACUAGUAGAUCUUCUGGCGCACCGGCUCGGUGUUGCUAUGAAGCAAAGCUACUGGCAUCUGAUGUCUACCGCUCUUCUCUCCCAAAAGGCCAACACAGCCCACAUCGUCUCCAAGUUGCCUCCUGUAGCCGAGUUUCGGUCCAAAAUGUCGUACAACAAUUGGGGAUACGCCCUGGCGGGAGAAAUCAUCGAACAUGUAUCCGGCCAGGACCUUGGCCAGUUUUUAGCCCAGCGCUUCUUUCAACCUCUGGGUUUGGAGAACACAACACUCGGCAAGCCCUCGAGCGAAAAUUAUGCUGCAUCCUACAUGGCACUCAGCGACGGAACUCCCUUCCAGGUGGAACACCCGCCGCUCAACUCUGGUACCCUCAUGGCCCCCGCAGGUGCCAUGAAGUCUACCAUGAGCGACAUGCUUGUCCUUUAUAGCGCUUUUCUCAAGGCUUUCCAGGACCAGUCGCUUUCCGAUGCUACAUCGAAGCCCACCUCACCCUUUCGCCAAGCUACGGCUUUAUUUGCAAAGCAUUCCACCAUACAGCCAGGUUCGGCGUAUGGCAUGGGCUGGUGCUUGACCGAGCUACCUGAUCAGGCGGGAUUGGUUGGUGUUAAUUCAUAUGAAUCCCCAGAUGGUAUGCCAGUGAUUGGCAAGGAUACCAAACCACAGCGCCUCUUUUAUCACAACGGUGCAAUGUGCGGGGCCCUGAGCGCCAUUUAUCUUCUCCCCGAUAGUGACUUCGUCGUCGUUGUCCUCGGAAAUUCUUUCGAUCUUUAUGACACUCCCGAUUUUACAGCUCAGCUUCUAGUCGAGUCAAUCAUUGGAGCUCCGAAUCCUGUUGACUUCAUACCUAUUGCCAAGAAAACAGUUGCCAAUGCAUUGUCACACCACCCGGAUAUGAAUGCACAGCUGGAGAGGGAGCGCACUCACGGAACCAGUCCAAAGCCCCUGUCCGACUAUACCGGGUACUACACCUCUGCAGAGGGUAACGACUACGGCUUUCAAAUUACAGUUUUAGGGGACAAGCUUCGCGUCAACGUCCAGGGGAUUGUGGACGUCUUCUAUGACCUGGAGCAUUAUGAGCACGACGUCUUCGUCUUCUACUGUGACAGAGAUGCCGAAUCGAAGAUAAUGAUUUAUCCAAAUGCUUCAAUCAUGUUGCACAAGUUCUUCUUCAAGGUUGAUAAGCAGGGGAGGGUUAUGUAUGUGCGCUGGGCUCAUGACUUCACCUACCCAUCCGGGGAGCUUUUUAAGAAAGGACGUGCUUAG